AUUUAAGAUUCCUACGUUGUUCUCUUCCAUGGAAAAGAAAAAACACUACACAAGCACACGACAAAAUCGUGAAUUGGUUCACGCAAAAUAGGAAAUUUGGGGUUCCUUCCGUCUGGAUUCCAAUUCCGAUUCUAUUCGCAAUCUCCUUGGAGCCGGUUUCAGAGUGAAGUGUAGGUAGAGGAAGAAGAUGGGGGCAAUGGCAUCGCGGUUCUGGUUCAUGUUGUUCCCUGCAAAGGAGUAUAAGAUUGUUGUUGUUGGUUUGGAUAAUGCUGGGAAGACCACUACCCUUUACAAGUUGCAUCUUGGUGAGGUUGUCACUACCAACCCUACUGUUGGUAGCAAUGUUGAAGAGGUUGUCUACAAGAACAUUCGAUUCGAGGUUUGGGAUCUAGGCGGACAAGAAAGACUCCGGACAUCAUGGGCAACAUAUUAUCGAGGAACACAUGCUGUGAUUGCGGUGAUAGAUAGUAGCGAUAGAGCAAGGAUCUCUAUUAUGAAGGAUGAACUUUUCAGGUUGCUGGGUCACGACGAAUUGCAGCACUCAGUCAUCCUUGUCUUUGCCAAUAAACAAGAUAUCAAAGAUGCCAUGACACCUGCUGAGAUCACCGAUGCACUAUCUCUUCACAGCAUCAAGGAUCAUGAUUGGCAUAUACAAGCGUGUUGUGCCCUCACUGGAGAAGGGUUGUAUGAUGGUCUCGGAUGGAUUGCCGGGCGAGUAACCGGCAAGGCACCAUCAUGAUUGUAGGAUUUGCUGGAGUCUUUUGAACGAGAUUCAUUUUUCAUGCACUGAAUUGAUGUGAUUACUGAUCAGUUACAAAAGUAUAUGUAUCAUUUAUACUUUGACGAGUCGACCAAUCAAGCCAAACAAGUGUCUUUGGAUUAGUUAUGAAAGAUUAUUCAAUAGUUGAGUAUAUAUGUAUACAAUAUACUUGACAUUUUAAAAUCGACUAUGAUAGAAUUUGUUUUAUGUUUGGAUGUUAAA